GGAGCCCGGGCGGUCCGGAGGAGCGGUCUCUCCCUCGGGGUCUCGGGGAAGUUGAAGCGGGAAGACGCGGCUCAGUUCGGGCCAGACGAACUGAGACGCGGCUCAGCGCGGGGCCUCUGCCUUGGACUUCGCUGGGGACUCGCGGGUGCUGAGCUGGGGUGUCACCGUGCAGCUCUGCCCAGCACUCAGGGGCCUCCGCCUUGGACUCCGCUGGGCACUCGCGGGUGCUGAGCUGGGGUGUCACCGUGCAGCUCUGCCCAGCACUCAGGGGCCUCCGCCUUGGACUCCGCUGGGCACUCGCGGGUGCUGAGCAGGGGUGUCACCGUGCAGCUCUACCCAUGCUUCCUGGCUUUGCUCUGGAGCCUGGAACCCAUCAAGGUUGCACUGCUGUGGUCCUUCCUCCUGAAGAUGCAUCCUGACUUAUCUCCACACUUGCACACUGAAGAAUGCAACACCUUGAUUAACUUGCUUAAGGAAUGUCACAAAAAUCACAACAUUCUGAAGUUUUUUGGUCAUUGCAAUGAUCUUGAUCGGGCAAUGAGGAAAUGCUUGAAGAAUGAGUACAUGGAAAAGAGAACCAGGAGCAGGGAGCAUGGUGACGCAAUGCGAAAGAGGCUUUUCAGUCUUCCAGAAGAACCUAAAAAUUAGGUUGUUGCUUCACCGAGAGAACCUCUUCAGGACUUUUGGUUGAUAGCUCCACGAUUCCUUUCUGUUGGUCUCCAGGAUCCUUUUGGUGAAAACUGAUCCAUGGAGAACUGAACAGUGGGGCGAUGUGGUAACCUGGAUUCUCAAUACUUCCUGAGCAAAGCCUCGAGUCCACCCAGCAACCUGACCUCUGUGCUGCCUCCCUGUGUCCACAUCCACUUCGUAUUGGCUUACCUCCUUCAAUAAAGUAAUUCCCAUUGUUUCCCUCCCCCAGA